AUGGCGCUGAAAGGUAAAAUGCGGUGCGUCGGGCGCCGCUGGAGCAGUCGGGAGUGCUCCAGAAGCAUUAGUGAUAUGCCCAGGAGUCGUCAGAGAGGUUCAGGAGCGGACAAAACGCUUCCUGAGGCGUCGCGAGAGCUCCAGGAGCAUCCAGGAGAUAGAGGCAGUUUGUCUACCGAGCGCCCUGGGCGCCUCGAGCGUCCAGAGCGUCUGGCGGAGGUUGCGGGUUUGCUGAUGCAGGACAACCUUAAAAAGGACUUCAUUCAGGCCAGCUCUUUGCCCGUCGGUGCCCCUGUCCUAUUUGUGAAAAAGGCUCAUGGAACACUCCGUCUCUGUGUCGACUAUCUUGGCCUCAAUGAACUCACUCUCAAAAACCGCUACCCACUGCUACUCAUCCGGGAGACUCUCGACCGCCUCUCUAAAGCCAAGUGGUACAUCAAACUUGACCUUCACCAUGGGUAUAACCAGAUCCGUAUGGCUGAGGGUGAAGAAUGGAAAACACCAUUCCGUACGCGUUACGGGCAUUUCGAAUAUACAGUCAUGCCCUUCGGCCUUACCAAUACGCCAGCCACAUUCCAGCACUUUAUUAACGAUUGCGUCCGUGAUUACCUGGAUAUGUUCUGUACGGCCUACCUUGACGACAUUCUCAUCUAUAGUGACACCUUCAGGGAGCAUCAGGUACAUGUCGAAAAGGUCCUGGAAGCCCUACAAAGACAUGGAGUACUGCUGAAACCAGAGAAAUGUGAGUUUCAUACACAAAGCACCAACUACCUCGGCCUCAUCAUCGAACCUAACGGCAUUAAAAUGGAGCCAAGAAAAUUGGAGACAGUGAAGAAUUGGACCGUCCCCAAAACAGUUAAGGAUGUGCAAGCAUUUCUAGCCCAAACUGCCUUCAACGCCCUGAAAGAAGCCUUCACAACGGCUCCGAUUCUUACUCAUUUUGACCCGGAGAAAGAAAUUACUGUGGAAACCGAUGCAUCUGAUUAUGUCUCUGCCGGUGUACUCUCCCAAUACGAUGAUAAUGGUACCCUUCGACCCGUUGCAUACUUCUCAAAAAAACACUCCCUCACUGAAUGCAACUACGAGAUUUACCACGAGGAAUUACUGGCGAUUAUUCGAUCUUUUGAGGAAUGGAAUCUCGAAUACUUUAUGAGUACUAAACAACUCAACCGGAGACAAGCACGGUGGGCGGAAUAUCUGUCACGGUGUAAUUUUGUCAUUAAGUACCGACCAGGGAAACAAGGAGGGAAACCGGUCACGUUGACAAGAAGAUCAGGAGAUCUCCCUGGAGAGGGCAAUGAAAGGCAAUUACAUCAGAGUCAAGUCGUAUUGAAGAAAGAGAAUCUUGAAGCAAAGCUAAGUUUGUUGGCGGGUUCUUUUUCAAACGAACCCGCUGAAAAGAACGCCUCACUGAAUACACUAUUUGACGAAAGAUAUAACGCUGACCCGUCCCCACAAAAGAUACUGGAUAUGCGGAACAAAGGCGAGCGACAAUCAAAGGACAUAUCACUCGCUGAAUGUACCGAAUUUGAAGGUCGGUUACUCUACCGAGGCAGCAUAUAUGUACUGGACUACGACACUCUUAAACCUCGGAUCCUCCAACAUUACCACGGCGCUGCCUCCGCUGGAUACCCUGGACGUGAAAAAACAUUUGAACUCAUUAGUCGAGACUACAACUGGCCCCUUAUGCGAAAUUAUAUUGCGAGAUACGUCCGGAACUGCCAUACCUGCCAACAAAGCGAACCCAGUACCCAUGGAAAACUCAGUGUACUUCGACCUUUACUGAUUCCUGAACAACCAUGGCAAGAGAUAUCAAUGGACUUUGUUACUGGCCUACUGGAAAGCGAAGGAUACGAUGCAAUCAUGGUAGUUGUUGACAGGUUAACAAAAAUGCGACAUCUCCUACUCUGUAACACCACCGUCAACUCCGAAAACGUCGCCCAAUUAUAUUUGCGAAAUAUAUGGAAACUCCACGGGUUACCUAUGCAUGUCACCUCCGACCGCGGCACGCAAUUUACAGCUAAAUUCAGGAAGGCUCUCUCUAAAAACCUUGGCAUCGAAGCAAGAAUGUCCACCGCCUUCCAUCCGGAGACCGAUGGCCAAACUGAAAGACUGAACGCCGUAAUGGAACAAUACCUACGUGGAUACGUCUCUUAUCAAGAGGACGAUUGGGUAAAAUGGCUCCCCAUGGCAGAAUUCUCCACCAACAAUCAGGUCACCGCAUCCACUAGGGCCACACCAUUCUUCGCAAACUAUGGUUUCCAUCUCUGGUUCACAGUGACGAUUAAAUCUCUUGACAGAACUCCGCUCAGCCUUAAUGCUAUGGACCUCGCGUCGAAGAUUAAAGAGCUCCAUGAACACCUACGUUACAACAUCCAACAGGCCGUUAAUGACAAACGAAUGCCAGCUCCACGCUACAACCUCGGCAAUAUGGUGUUUGUUUCAGCAAAAAACAUCCGAACCACCCUUAACUCUCGAAGGUUAGACUGGCAGAAGCUGGGACCAUUCCCAGUCAAGGAAAUUAUAUCGCUGUAA